GCCCGGUCCCGCCCCGCGCGCGGGAUCGCGGGGGCGCCCGGGGUUCUCCUUCCCCGUUCCAGACUCGUCCCGGCUCGCCGGAGAGCUCCAGGAUGUGGAAGCUGGUGCCCGCCUCAGGAAAAGGAGAGCCAUAUCGGCUUUUAAGUGAUACAGAAUAUGUUGUUGGACGCAAAAACUGUGCAAUUCUAAUUCAGGAUGAUCAGUCCAUCAGUCGAAGUCAUGCAGUUCUGACAGUAAGUCGUCCUGAAACAAGCCCUAGUCAAUCUCUCUCAGUCCCUAUAUUAACAGUAAAAGAUACAUCUAAGUAUGGUACCUUUGUUAAUGGAUCAAAACUCAAUGGCACUUCAGUGUCUUUGCAGUCUGGUGACAGAAUCAACUUUGGAGUAUUUGAGAGCAAGUUUAGAGUGGAGUAUGAACCUUUGGUUGUCUGCUCCUCAUGUUUAGAUGUAGCUCAGAAAACUGCUUUAAAUCAAGCCAUUCAGCAGCUUGGAGGCCUUGUAGUGAAUGAAUGGACAAAAGAGUGUACCCACCUUGUCAUGGUAUCAGUAAAAGUUACUGUUAAGACUAUAUGUGCUUUGAUUUGUGCUCGACCAAUUAUAAAACCAGAGUUUUUUGUUGAAUCAAUCAGAGCUAUUCAGUCCAGGCAGCAGUUGCCAAAUCAUGAAAGCUUUUAUCCUCCAGUUGAUGAGCCUUCCAUUGGCACUGAAAAACUGGAUUUAUCUGAGCAUCAUGAAAGGAAAACAAUAUUCAGUGGAAAAACUUUUAUAUUUCUAUCUGCUAAGCAGCACAAGAAACUGGGUCCAGCAAUUAUUCUUGGAGGAGGAGAAAUAAAGUUGAUGACAGAAGGAAAAAAAGAAACGCCUUUACUGAUUUCUCCUGAAGUUUGUGUUGUUGAUGUGGGUUUGACAAACUCUCAGACUGCAGGAUCUGACUCUAUGAGAAACUGGACUGAUUCCAUUCUGACUGUCUUGCAAAGCAAGAAUCUCAGGGCUAUUCCAGAGGCAGAAAUUGGAUUGGCAGUUAUCUUCAUGUCUACAGAAAAAUACUGCAACCCUCAAAAGCAGGCUGGUACCAACAAAGCUGUAACUGAAAGUACUCCUGCAUCAGCUGUUGUGGGCCGAGCCAUUUCUCAGAGUUUGGCUGUGGAUGAAACCAUAAUGCCAACUGCUGCAGAUAGCAGCACAUUGUACAUAACUGAUACAGAAGAGCAGACAUGUAUGCAGGUAGAGAAUACUCCCCAGAUGGAUAAACAACGGAAAAUGGCUUUCCAGGAUACAACCACCGUAAAGAAAAACACACGGACAAGUGGCAGUGUAAAUGCAGGAACAGCCAUAUUUAGAGGGAACAGAACAUCUGGGUUGAGUCAAAAAAGUCAGCCUGUCUCACCAUCUAAAAUUUCAGAAGCUGGUAAACCCAGCGAGUGUGCUUCACGUCACCAGUCCAACUCAAUUACAAAUUACUUCCAGGUAGCUAGAAAGAGGGAAAGAGCUGAAGAAGAAGAGGAAACAUCUGCACCCAAACUAGCAAAACUGGAGGAAAGGUCAUCACCUCUUUCCAAGUGCACUGAACCCACAACUUCAUCGGUCUGGAACAGUGAAGCAAAACAGCAUCAAAAGAAAAAUAAUAUCCUAGACCCAAACCCAGGUUUUUCAUUAGAAGACGUGGGUAUAAAGCUUACGAGGGAAAGUGUCAAAGUAACAAGUGAUAAAACAGACACUAAAACCACUUUGAGUGAAAGUCAUGCACCGCAGAAGAGAAAAGAGUUAGAUGAUUUAUCUGAAGAUACAGAAGCGCUGGAAAUUGUGUUUGGAAGUGGAGACCUAGACUGGGAAGAUCAAGUAGCAGAUCAUGACCAGGAAGCUCGAGGAAAUACACGAAAAAAAAGAUGUUUGGAAGCCAAAGGAAGCAGGACUCAAGAAGUAAAUGUAAAUCAGAGACAGGAGAAUAAAAUAUUGAAAGAAGAGGAACUUGGAUCGGUUGUAAAUUCAGAAAUGAAAUGUAAGAUCAAGCAAGAAUCACCAGUCUCGAACCCCAGCAAACUGCAAGAUGACUCCAGCAGUCUUCCUAGCAGGCUUCUGUUGACUGAGUUUAGAUCACUGAUUGUCAGCCGUCCAAGACAGAACAGUUGCCUUACUGGAAAUACGAGCUAUGGGGGAAAGAAAAAUUUCAAAACGUUCAAAAAGGUAGCUUAUCCAGGGGCAGGACAACUUCCAUACAUUAUUGGGGGAUCAGAUUUGAUUGCUCACCAUGCUAAAAGGAAUUCAGAGCUAGAAGAGUGGUUAAGGCAAGAAAUGGAGGAACAGAACCGAUAUGCAAGGGAAGAAUCACUUGCUGAUGAUCUCUUUAGAUAUGAUCCUAAUGUGAAAAGGAGAAGAUAAAUUGUGACCUGGAUUUACAGUGUUUCUCUAGCAAAACCUGCUUUUCUUUUCCUUAGGUUUCUUGCGUUA